CGCCGCCGACGGUUUCCGGGUUUGGGCCUGGCGCUGCGGUUGAGGCGGCGGCGGCGGCGGCGGCGUCCGAGUGGGGCGCGGGCGGUGGGAGCGGGGCACCGGCAUGGACGUUUCGGGGCAGGAAACCGACUGGCGGAGCACCACCUUCCGGCAGAAGUUGGUCAGCCAAAUUGAGGACGCCAUGAGGAAAGCUGGUGUGGCCCACAGUAAAUCCAGCAAGGACAUGGAGAGCCACGUGUUCCUGAAGGCCAAGACCCGGGACGAAUAUCUUUCCCUCGUGGCCAGGCUUAUUAUCCAUUUUCGAGACAUUCAUAACAAGAAAUCUCAAGCUUCUGUCAGUGACCCAAUGAACGCGCUCCAGAGCCUGACGGGUGGGCCCGCUGCGGGAGCUGCUGGAAUCGGCCUGCCUUCUCGGGGCCCAGGACAGCCGCUGGGCGGGAUGGGGGGCCUCAGCGCCCUGGGGCAGCCAAUGCCCCUCUCGGGGCAGCCACCUCCAGGCACCUCAGGGAUGGCGCCCCAUGGCCUGGCGGUCGUGUCCACAGCAGCUCCACAGACCCAGCUGCAGCUCCAGCAGGUGGCGCUGCAGCAGCAGCAGCAGCAGUUCCAGCAGCAGCAGGUGGCGCUGCAGCAGCAGCAGCAGCAACAGCAGCAGCAGCAGCAGCAGCAGCAGCAGUUCCAGGCGCAGCAGAGCGCCAUGCAGCAGCAGUUCCAGGCGGCAGUGCAGCAGCAGCAGCAGCUCCAGCAGCAGCAGCAGCAGCACCUGAUUAAGCUGCACCAUCAAAACCAGCAGCAGAUGCAGCAGCAGCAGCAGCAACAGCAGCUGCAGCGGAUGGCACAGCUGCAGCUGCAGCAACAGCAGCAGCAGCAGCAGGCUUUGCAGGCGCCACCACCCAUGCAGCAGCCACCCAUGCAGCAGCCCCAGCCCGCCCCCUCACAGGCCCUGCCUCAGCAGCUGCAGCAGCUGCACCACCCACAGCACCACCAGCCACCACCACAGCCCCAGCCGCCGGUGGCCCAGAACCAGCCGUCGCAGCUCCCACCACAGUCCCAGACGCAGCCUCUGGUGUCACAGGCGCCGGCGCUCCCUGGGCAGAUGCUGUACACCCAGCCGCAGCUGAAGCUGGUCCGAGCUCCAAUGGUGGUGCAGCAGCCGCAGGUGCAGCCCCAGGUGCAGCAGGUGCAGCCCCAGGUGCAGCCGCAGACAGCAGUGCCGACAGCUCAGGCCUCCCAGAUGGUGGGGUCCGGAGUCCAGGUGAGAGCCCCGAGCCCAGGCUCCCAUAAGCUAAGAUCCCGGUUCCCGCCCACGUCUGCCAUCCAGUUGAGUGCCACUCCUCUGGGCACACAGCUGUCUGCACAACAGGUGCAGACCCCGCAGUCGAUGCCCCCUCCCCCACAACCAUCCCCGCAGCCCGGCCCGCCCAGCUCGCAGCCCAACUCCAAUGUCAGCUCCGGCCCCGCCCCAUCCCCCAGCAGCUUCCUGCCCAGCCCCUCGCCGCAGCCCUCCCAGAGCCCAGUGACGGCGCGCACCCCGCAGAACUUCAGCGUCCCCUCCCCGGGACCUUUGAACACCCCUGUGAACCCCAGCGCUGUCAUGAGCCCCGCGGGCCCCAGCCAGGCGGAGGAGCAGCAGUACCUGGACAAGCUGCGGCAGCUCUCCAAGUACAUCGAGCCGCUGCGCCGCAUGAUCAACAAGAUCGACAAGAACGAAGACAGGAAGAAGGACCUGAGUAAGAUGAAGAGCCUUCUGGACAUCCUGACAGACCCAUCCAAGAGGUGCCCCCUGAAAACACUGCAGAAGUGUGAGAUCGCUCUGGAGAAGCUCAAGAAUGACAUGGCAGUGCCCACGCCCCCUCCGCCCCCGGUGCCGCCGACCAAGCAGCAGUACCUGUGCCAGCCACUCCUGGACGCUGUCCUGGCCAACAUCCGCUCGCCCGUCUUCAACCAUUCCCUGUACCGCACGUUUGUGCCAGCCAUGACGGCCAUCCACGGCCCGCCCAUCACGGCCCCGGCGACGUGCUCCCGGAAGCGGAGGUUUGAGGAGGACGAGCGGCAGAGCAUCCCCAAUGUGCUCCAGGGGGAGGUGGCCAGGCUAGACCCCAGGUUCCUGGUGAACUUGGACCCUUCUCACUGCAGUAACAACGGCACCGUCCACCUGAUAUGCAAGCUGGAUGACAAGGACCUCCCCAGCGUGCCGCCGCUGGAGCUCAGUGUGCCUGCUGACUACCCCGCCCAGAGCCCACUUUGGGUUGACCGACAGUGGCAGUAUGACGCCAACCCCUUCCUGCAGUCGGUGCACCGGUGCAUGACCUCCAGGCUGCUGCAGCUCCCUGACAAGCACUCGGUUACGGCCCUGCUCAACACCUGGGCCCAGAGUAUCCACCAGGCCUGCCUCUCAGCUGCCUAGCCACCACCACUGCCGCAUCUCGGGCUGCCCACCCACCCACCCACCAGGGACAUCAGGGCGGCCGGCAGCCUUGUCAGGGCCACGUGUCGGACGUUUCUAGAUACUGGCUUCCUUAGAGAGCCUGGGCUUAGGUUAGCUUUCCUGCUUUUAUCUUCUGCCUUGGGGACCUGCCGGGCAUUUCCCACACUUGGACAGAACAGGACAGGCGGGUGAUUGUGGAGGUGUGGGGCGGGGCCCCCAGGAGUCGGACAUGGCCCAGGCCCUGUGCUCCUCGGCCUGCUGUCCCCGUGGCCUCUGCAGGGCCCGUGUCCCCCCUCAGCAGCACAGAGUGGAGACUGAGGUCUUGUUGGAGCCUCUGUGUGCACCAGAAAACCCUUCUACGUUUCUGUGGGGGAACACGCCAAACAUAGGAAAUCCUUAAAACACACACAGGAUCCUCUGAUGAGUUUUGGGUUCAGUCCGUGCCACCGUCGGCAUGUGGGGCACACCACAGGGCAGCUCCAGAAUCUGCUGGAGGGGAGGUCGGGCUGGGCUGUGAGUCCCCAGCCAGUGGUUGGGCCUCAUACCCCACGGGGCCAUUCAGCUCUGUGGGGAUGCCCGGGGAGCAGGGUGGGUCCUGUGUCUGGCCCCAGGCCCACUGGUGAAGCGCUGGGGCCCGUGCUCAGGGCGGUAUGUCGUCCUCCGCCUGCAGAGAGUGAGGGCUCCUGGCAGUGAGUUCCCCCUUUCUAUGUGUGUUAUUGUGUUGUCUGUGGUUCUUACAAUAAAUUUAUUCUUCCCGUG